AUGUCUAUAACAACUUGCCAGAAGGUUACUCUUAUAUCAUGCUCUGUUCUCUGUAUUUCUCUUUUCCUGCCCAGAAUGCUUUUACCCAGAGGGAAAAAGGAGAUGGGACGGCCUGAGGUUGGACCGGGGUUCUACCCUCCUGUGAUGCACCAGCUGUCAUUGCCAGAGGACCCAGAACGGUGGGGUGUGGACCCUUCGUACUCCAUGACACACAGUGCUGAGGCCAUGGCCAAAGUAAAAGGCAUUGGACGGGGCAAAAAGUACAACCUAAUGGCUCAAGCAAUACCCAUAUAUGGCUUUGGGAUACUUCUUUACAUCUUCUAUAUAAUCUAUAAGCUGACAUGUAAGGGGGAGACUACUAAAUCAGGAAACUACACAACAGUAACCAAGGCAAACAUCGAGAAUAGGAUUACACCCGAUGAGCUUGUUAGGCUUCAGGAGAGACUUCUGCGAACAGAAGCGAUGAUGGAGAGGAUUGUCUCUGCAAAGAAUCGUGGUUCUGGGAGUAGUGGCAGAAGGAGGAAGAGUAAAACUUCUAUAUCAAAGAAGGAGGAGAAAUUACUCAAGCAACUUAGACAGAUCACACAGCUGAUACAGGAGGGCCGGUUGGAGGCAGUCUCCCCAGAGAUGGAGGCUGAGGAGGUCCCCUACUGUGCAGACUGGGAAGGCUACCCAGAGGAGACCUACCCAGAGUAUGAUGAGCCCUAUAAAAGACGUGGAUUUCACACCUUUACACUAGAGGAACCCCCCCACCAGCUUACCGCUGAAGCCCUGGCAGAGAGGAUGGAGCAAGAGGAGGAAGAGAUUAUGGCAAGGAAACUAUCCAUAGUUAAAGAGGAGGAUGAAGAGCCUGCUGCAGAAAGAAAGCAAGAGAGACUUGGUUUGCAGUUGAGCAAAGAGCUACAGUGUCUUAAUGGAGGCAAGAAGCAAAUUAGCUUUAGUGACCACAAAGAUGUGUUCUGCUACCCUAAAGAGUGUACUUAUGAAGAGGAGGAAGAAGAGAAGCAAGAGGAGGUAGGGGAAGAAGAUGAGGGCACAGAGGGGGAAGAGGAGGAAGAAGAGGAUGAAGAUGAUCCAGUGAUGGAGGCAGAGAGCCUGCAGUUCAGCUGUGAGGGUUGUCCCAACCCAGAGGAGGAAGCAGAGGAGGAUAAAGAAGAGUAUUUGUUAGUGUCAGAGCCUGUGGAGGAAGACAGCCCUAUCCAUGCAGACAUGCCUAAGGAAGUCGGGGCGAGUGGUCUGAGGAUGCGGAACAGGAGAGAGACGUAA